UGCCAUCUGUUGCACCGCCUCCAGCUGGAGCCGGCAGAUCCGGGUCUCGUGGCUGACAGUGACGUGGUCAACCGAAUCCAAACAGAGCUGAAGGAGGAAGCCGACGGCCGGGAGCAGCAGCGAUAGCGGCGUCCGGAGCAGCCGCAGCGUUCCGGAAACCCCAGGCGGUCUUUCUGCCGAGACUGGGUCCCGGCCCAUACCCUCCCCGCCCCGUCGGUUGUUGUCUGGGCGGAUUUGAGCAGUCAAGUAAAAUUAAGCUGGGCAAUCAUGGCAGAAGGAGGAUUCGAUCCCUGCGAAUGUGUUUGCUCUCAUGAACAUGCGAUGAGAAGGCUGAUCAAUCUGUUGCGGCAGUCACAGUCCUACUGCACGGACACAGAAUGUCUUCAGGAACUACCAGGACCCUCCAGUGACAAUGGCAUCAGUAUUACUAUGAUUUUGAUGGCCUGGAUGGUUAUUGCAAUGAUCUUGUUCCUACUGAGACCUCCCAAUCUAAGAGGAUCCAACUCUCCAGGAAAGCCAAGCAGUCCUCAUAAUGGACAGGAUCCAUCAGCUCCUCCUGUGGACUAACUUUGUGACAGGGGAAGUGAAAAUAGCUAACACCUUGCACGACCAAAUGAACAAAGAUGACCGGAGUGAUCUUAACCCACUAGAAGAGUUUUCCUUUUGCGUCUGCAACUUGGGAUGGUAUCAUUUCCAUGAGCUUCUAGAAAUUUCACUUGUAAACUUAUUUUUGCUUCCUGUGUUAUCACCAUUCCUAUGUUUCAGUAAAUGAUUAUAUUAAAAAUUAUAUAUACAUGGGGCUUUUUUGGUUGUCCUAAACUUAAACAUUCCACUCAUUCUGUUUGUAACUGUGAUCAUUAAUUUUGUGGUGAUUUCUGGCCUGAUUGAAAGAAAUUUGAGAUUUCUGAAUUUUAAUAUUUUAAAUAGUUUUGAUAGAUUAAAAAAAUUUUUUCAUAAGGUAUUUAUAAAGUUAUUUGGGGUUAUCUGGGUCUGUAUGAAAGAAAAUGAGAACCACAGUUGUACUUACAUUUACCUUCUAGUUUAUUUGUGGGCAGCAGUUUUCUCUAGUUCUGGACUGUGGUGGCUCUUAGAAUAUUAUAGAAAUUAUAGGUGAAAUCUGUAUCACUUGUUACAGUUGGUUUAUAUGGCUAUAGUAAGAGGAGAAAAGUGAAAUGGUUGUUUACCGAUUUUUUUUCCCCUUAAAAAUGUCUAGUGUUAAUACUUUAAACAAAUAUGGUUAUCAGUAUAGUAGAUGAUUAAUAGGCCAUUAUGUAACAUUUGCAAGUCACUGUACACUAGCCUUACAAGAAAGGGGAAAAGGGGAAAAGUUCAUCCUUUCUGCCUUUGCCAGGUAGAAUCUGUUCAGUAAUAAUUUAAGCUAUAAUUUAUUUGUAAAUGAGUGCCUCUCAGGAAGCUUCUUUUCUAACAUUUCCCUAUUAAAAUGAAACUAUCUUACAUCUGGAUUGGGGCCUGUUUGGUUACUGACAUUUGAAUGCCUAUUUACAUAUUUCCUCUUUUAUUUGAAGAAAAAAUUCGAGUCUUUUGUUAUCCUUAUGACUUUAAAAAUUUUUAAAUGACAUCUUGGUUUAUUCCAAGGGAAAAUGAGGAAAAUAAGAAACAAUAAAGAAACGUUUUCUAGAGGGCCGAGAUUAAGCUCAGUGGUUUCGCCACCUGCCUCGCAAGCACAAGGACCCGAAUUUGAUCUCCGGUACCAAAAAAAAAAAAGAAUCGUUUUCUUACCCCUUAACCUCAUUCCUGUUUGUUAAAGGGGUGGAUUAGGGUGGGAAAAGAGCAUUAAUAUAAGUGAGAUUUCGCAGUGUGUAAAAAAGGAAAAAGGGGCCGGGGAUUUAGCUCAGUGGUUUCCCCUCCUGCUCCGCAAGCACAAGGACCCAAGUUCGAUCCUCAGUACCAAAAAAAAAAAAAGGAAAAGGGUUCAUUGUUAUGCUCAGUUUGGAAAAAAAGUGAAUACAAAUGACAUUUUUAAAUGACUGCAUGACCCAUGUGGUUUUAGAAUUUUUCCCUAGCAAAUGAUUACAGUUCAUUUAUGGCGGGUAGAAGAUAUUUUCCUAUCAAUGUAAGGAUUUCCCCCAUAGGUCAAUCUAGCAUUUCAUUGUACAGCGUAGAUCUGAGAAAUUAUUUCUGUGAAUUCAAUAAACUUAACUAUAUCAUUAUACUGGUUAGCCUCUGAUCCAGUUGUGUGAUACUUUUAGGGUAUUUCCCCCCUUUAUUAUGACUACAUUAUAGGCCAUAAGCAUUGUAACGGCAUUAUUUCAUUACAUAAUCCACUACUGACUGCUUGCAUUCUUCCAUGUGCAUUUUAUCUUGGCUUUGUAUUCAGCUCCCUGAAAUAAUACAACCAAAUCUGUAUUACUAAUGAAGGGGUAGUUUUGGGCAGGUAAUUUAAAUCUCAGCUAAAUGAACACCACAGAGUAAAGAUUUCCCCUCUCGCUGUGGCCUACUGUUAGCCUUCCCAGCUGUCUAGCUGGUAAAGUGUUUAAGCAGAAAUGGCUGGAAUGACAUACCAUGGAGCUAAAUCCCUCCAGCAGUCCUUUUACUGCCCUCACCCCUUGGAUUUUGACAUUUUGUCCAUAUUUCCAAACAGUCUCUUCUCUAACCUUCUGGAAGCCAAUCCCUGGUAGAGAUACUGCUAUACCCCAGUUUACAGAAUCUGGGGCUAACAAAUCACUGAGAAUUGGCGGGAGGCUGAGGCAGGAGGAUUGCUGCAAAUUUGAAGCCAGCCUGGGCUACAUAGUUCAAGGCCAGCCUGAACUACAAAGUGAGACCCUGUCUCAAAAAAAAAAAAAACGCAAGAGGCUUCUAGAACCCAAAUAGCGGGCCAGGGAUUUAGCUCAGUGGUUCUCCCUCCUGCCUCGAAAGCUCAUGGACCGGAGUUUGAUUCCCGGUACCGCCCCCCAAAAAAAGAACCCAAAUAGCUAUGACCAGAAAAGAACCUAUUUGUGACACAUCAUAAUCAAAAUUCCAGAAAUUUAACAAAAGGAGAGAAUACUAAAAGCUGUUAGAGAAAAACAAGUAACUUAUAAAGGCAGGCACAUCAGAAUAACUGCAGAUUUCUCAGCACAAACCUCAAAGGCCAGGAGAGCUUGGAAGCAAAGUUUUUCAAACCCUAAAAGAAAAGAAUUGUCCAACUCAACUUUUAUAUCCUGUAAAAUUAGCCUUCAGAAUUGAUGGAAAAGUAAAGACUACAUGACCAUUAAACCAGCAUUGCAAAACAUAUUUAAGGGAAUCUUAGAUGGACAGGGAGGCCUUCAGCACCAAAGAACCCAAAAGAAAGAGAGAAAGCAUAUAUCUACCUGGGAGAGUAGUUAAACAAAAGGAAAAAAAAAAAAAAGAGCACCAGAAAAUGCAAUGACAUGUUUCAAUGAACACCUUAGAAUAAUAAUGCCCAAUGUCAGUGGUCUCUUAACUCCCCAGUCAAAAGACAGACUGGCAGGUUAGAUUUUUUAAAAAAUGCAAUCACAUAUUAUUACCUACAGGAGACACACCUCAUCCAAAAGCAAUAUAUAGACCAAAAGUGAAAGAAUGGAAAAUGAAACUCCAUUCAGCUGGAGCCCCAAAACAAGCAGGAGUAGCCAUCUUACUUUCAGAUACAGCAGACUUCAAGUCAAAACUGAUCAGAAGGGGCCAGGGAUUUAGGUCAGUGGUUCCACCGCCUACCUGGCAAGAGCAAAGUCCUGAGUUUGAUCCCCAGUACCAAAACAAACAAACAAAAAAAGGGUCAAUGAAGCAAAAAGUUGGUUCAUGAAAGAAUAGGAGAGGAUUUGGGGAUGGGAAAGACAGGACUGGGAGGGGAGAGAAAAGUAAACCAACUCCCCUACAAUAAAUGUAUUUACUGUGUAUCACAAUAUACUAAUAAAAAAGAAAAAAUGUGUCAGCCUUUUCUUCUUAUGGACCUUCUAUUACAUUGGCAACAAAAGGUUUUGUUUGUUUGUUUUUUGGUACGGGGGAUCGAACUUGGGACCUUGCGCUUUCAAGGCAGGUGCUGGAACCACUGAGCUAAAUCCCCAGCCCAGUUUUUUUUUUUUUAAACAAAAGUUCUUAAUGAAGUAUUUACUCCUGGAGUUUUUGCUUGUUUAAUUUUUCUGCAUUGCUUAAAAGACAGUUUAGUGCACAUAAAGUGUUCUUAUUAACCUAACUAGUAAUUUAUAUUCUAUUUAAUUCUUUUAACUUUCCAUGUGGCCUUGAGCACAUUCUUAAAUCAUUAUUCACCUUGUAAACAUUCACUUGAACUAUAGCUAUACUGUAUUCCUUUUCAAGUUAUCUGGGUAAAAGAAAGAUGAAGGUUACAUUUUUAUCAUUUUGGGCUCUUGAAACAUUCCACAAAUGCUGGAGAUAUAGCUCAGUGGUGGAGCACCUGGCUAGCAUGCACAAGGCCCUGGGUUCAAAACACUCCUCAAAAAAAAGUUUGGGGGCUGGGGAUUUAGCUCAGUGGUUUUGCUGCCUGCCUCACAAGCACAAGGACCCAAGUUCGAUCCCCAGUACCAAACAAACAAACAAAAGUUUGGGGCUGGGGAUUUAGCCCAGUGGUUUCACCACCUGCUGCGGAAGUGCAAGGACCCAAGUUUGAUCCCUGGUACCCCCCCCCAAAAAGUUUGUUUUAUGGCCAUUUAAAGUUGUUUUAUUUAAAAUAAUGGUAGUUUUGUUUUUGUUUUGCUUUCCAUAUGGAAAAGGUGAACAUCAGAACUGUUUAUAGUAAAAGAUUUUUAUCUUUUAAAGCACUAGCAAAUGGUCUGGUGGUCAUAUUUCAAACAGCAGAGAUUUUCAGGAGUAAUUGUUGAAUAGCACUAGUUGGUCUGAAGGUUGUGGGUUAUUGUUAAACUGAUUAGUGAGUAGCUCUAAUACCAUGGUUAUUUUUAGUGUCUUCGUGGUGUGUGAUGUGAAGUGUUGAUGGAAUUACCAAUAUCUUAUAUUUUUGAAGGAACCUUGGAAGUCCAUCACUCUAGAGAAAGUCUGUCACUCAAACUGGGUACCUUAUGUGCUGGCAUUUGACCAGUUUAGUUUAAGACACAAACUAGCAACCUGAAGAAAGAAUAAUGAAGAGUGUUUACAGUUAAUGGUUAAAUCUUGUUGUUGCAAUAAUAGGGUUAGUCUUAUUAUAUUUCUUAACUAAAAAGAUCAUAGUAUUUGUUACCAUUUCUGAUGAUUACUUUGUUGAAAAGCAGAGUGGUCAUGUGAUGAAUUAAAUGUAAAUUUGCUGUUUUUAAAUGUUAAAAUCAUGCCAAACAAAUCAUGUCUGUGCCAUCCAGGGUUUAUUGUUAAACUUUUACUGAGUACUUCGAUUGGGAUAAAGGGCUUGUACUAUGCACUUUUUAUUAAUGAAUAAAUAGAAAAUGUUAGUAA